AUGCGAACGGCAUCACAAAUGCUGGCGCAGCUGGAGGCAACGAGCGGCAAACGCCCGAAGCAGGAGGUGGCAGCCAUCAGGGCUAAGAUUAUAGCAAGCAUGCAGAGUCUGGAAGAACAAAGCUUUGACCUAGACGACGGUCAGGGCCCUACCUUUGAUACUAUCAUAGCCAAAGCUACUGCCCAAAACACAAUAGUCAACGGGGCCGACCUCGAUGACGAAACACCCCUUGAUUCCACAAUAAAUGCAAGCGCAGGUGUUGAGAGAAUGGAGAAUGACUUCAAGACCGGUGGCAUUCAACGCAAAGGGGACAGAGAUGACCCAAGUGCCGCAGUAUUUGGCGAGGCCUGGCAUGCCAAGAAGGAGCGCAUUCGACGGUCUUCACCGUACGGCUGGAUGAAGAACUGGGAUCUUGUUAGUGUCAUCGUCAAGACGGGCGCGGAUCUGCGACAGGAAGCAUUUGCCUGCCAACUUAUUGACGUCUGCCACAAGAUCUGGGUGGACGCUGGAGUGGAUGUGUGGGUAAAGUUGAUGCGCAUUCUCGUAACAGGGGAGUCGUCGGGUUUGAUCGAAACAAUCACAAACGGUGUCUCGCUUCACUCUAUUAAAAGAAGCUUGACCCUUUCAUCCAUCGAGUCUGGUCAAAAUCCCAGACGGCGGAUCGCAACUCUCAAAGAUCAUUUUGCCAAGGCUUUCGGCUCGCCGGACAGCGACACGUACAAGGCUGGCGUGGAUGCUUUCAAGAGGUCCUUGGCAGCGUACAGCAUGAUCUCCUAUGUCUUGCAGCUGAAAGACCGACAUAAUGGCAACGUCCUGAUUGACAAUGAGGGGCACAUCAUCCAUAUAGAUUUUGGUUUCAUGUUGUCGAACUCGCCUGGAUCGGUCGGUUUCGAAGCCGCUCCGUUCAAGCUCACUCAUGAGUACGUCGAUGUUCUGGGCGGACUCGGCUCGCCUGAGUAUGAGGACUUCAAGAAGCUUUGCAAGAAAGCAUUCCAAGCAUUGCGCCGCUCCGCGGACAACAUCAUCGACCUAGUAGCAAUGAUGGGGCGUGACUCGAAGAUGCCAUGCUACGCGGCUGGGGUGGCCACUGUCACCACCAAUUUGCGGCAGCGAUUCCAGCUGCAAUUAAGCGCCGAUGACGCUGAACACUUUGUCGAGAACGACAUUAUUGGGAAGUCCAUCGGGAGCUACUACACACGACUUUAUGAUACUUUCCAGUAUCGGACUCAAGGCAUCUACUAG